GGAAAAGAAGAGCAAGUGAAAUAAAGCAUAAGAGAAAGCACUAGUUUCUUUGCUUGUGUGUGUGAGAGAGAGAAUGGAUUGUGAUCUGAAACGUUUCUUUGUUGCAUUGUUUCUGUUUCAAAUCCAUGGAUACAUAGUUGCUUCUUUUUACCCUGACGAUUUCCCUGUUGCGUUACCUAAUUGCUUAGACCGGUGCUAUCGUUCUCCUCUUUCUCGUGUUCCUUACCCUUUUGGGAUAGGCAAAGGUUGUUACAAGAACAAGUGGUUCGAAGUUGUCUGCAACCACUCAUCAUUCCCCUCUUUUCCUUUCCUCCCAAGCCUCGGAUUAGAAGUCACUUCGUUUUCCCUUAUAAAUGACUUAGACUAUCAUUCUUACAGGAGCAACAGGUUUCAGAUUAAUAGUCCAGCAAAGACUUCAGGGUGUUCCUAUGGAGGAGAAGAGAAGUCAUCCUUGAAUCUAACGGGCACUCCAUUCUUCAUAUCAGACAAUAACAAGUUCACAGCUAAGGGAUGUAACAUCAAAGCCAUGAUGGUAAGCACAGGGCCACAGAUUGUUGGAUGUGAGGCCAGAUGUGGGAAAGAGAGUCGGUAUUACAAAGAUGCUGACAAGAGCUGUGUCGGAUAUCAAUGCUGCCAGACCAAAAUACCGCCUGGUCUUCAAGUGUUUGAUUCAACUGUGGAGAAACUGCAACCUGGUGGUAAAAACGAAUGUCAGACUGCUUUUUUGUCAAGUGAUCCAAUUUUUACACGGGUCAUGGAUCUGGAAUGGCGUCUUGAAGUUCCCCCGCCCAUGUUCCCUCCAGAGAAUAUGCAUUGCGAGAUAAGUACAAGCGUAAUUCGCACAGAUGAUAAAUAUAAGUAUCAAUGCAGCUGCAAACCUGGUUAUGAAGGAAACCCUUAUUUACCUGGUGGAUGUCCAGACGUUGAUGAGUGCAAAUUUCUAUAUAAAGUGUGUGGAAAGCACAAGUGUGUGAAUGUGCCUGGAUCAUUCAGAUGUGAAAAAACAUGGCCAGUCAUUCUAGGUGGAACUCUAAGCGGUGGAUUGUUGUUUUUAGUCCUUGGAACAUGGUGGCUAUGCAAGGUUAAUAAAAAGGAGGAAGCAGAUAGGCAGAAGAUAAAGUUCUUCAAACGAAAUGGAGGUUUGUUAUUAGAACAACAAACAUUCUCCCAUCAAGGCAGUGUCAACAAAACCAAAGUGUUCAGCUCCAAUGACCUGGACAAGGCAACUGACAAAUUCAAUGCAAGUAGAAUACUAGGGCAAGGCGGCCAAGGUACAGUUUACAAAGGGAUGUUGGAAGAUGGGAUGAUCGUUGCUGUCAAAAAGUCCAAAGCAUUGGAAGAAGAGAAUCUUGAAGAGUUCAUCAACGAGAUCAUUCUUCUCUCUCAGAUCAACCACAGAAACGUUGUCAGGAUCUUAGGAUGUUGUCUUGAGACAGAGGUGCCUAUGUUGGUGUAUGAGUUCAUUCCCAACAGAAGCCUUUUUGAUCAUCUCCAAAACCCAUCAGAAGACUUCCCAAUGACUUGGAGAGUACGUCUCUGCGUCGCCUGGGAAGUAGCUGAUGCACUAUCCUACCUGCAUUCAGCAGCCUCUGUUCCAAUUUAUCAUAGAGAUGUCAAGUCAACAAAUAUCUUGUUGGAUGAGAAGCACCGUGCAAAAGUAUCGGACUUCGGGAUCUCGAGGUCUGUUGCUAUAGAUGAUACUCACCUGACGACGAUAGUGCAAGGAACAGUUGGGUAUGUAGACCCGGAGUACCUCCAGUCAAGCCACUUCACUGAGAAGAGUGAUGUCUACAGCUUUGGGGUUGUGCUCAUUGAGCUCAUAACUGGAGGAAAACCUGUCUCUUUUCUGAGGCCACAAGAAGUAAGGAUGUUGGGAGCUUACUUCCUCGAAGCCAUGAGGAAUGAUAAACUUCAUGAGAUUGUUGAUGCGCGCAUCAAGGAGGAGUAUGAUCAAGAGGAAGUCCUUGUAGUAGCUAAACUUGCGAGAAGGUGUUUGAGCUUGAACUCAGAGCAUCGCCCUACUAUGAGAGAAGUUUUUAUCGAACUGGAUAGGAUGCAAUCCAAGAGAAAAGGGGCUCAAAGCCAAGAUGAAUAUAGCGACGAGCACACACACAUCGAGAUCGCAAUACCGGAGUCUAUGUCACUCAGUUACUCUUCUCCUUAUCCACUCGAGGAAAACAGCUCAUUCUCACCGGACUCAAAACCACUCAUGACUCACAACACACAUGUUUUAAAACUCGGUGUCGACCAAUUUUUUAAAAAACUUGGGAAGAUAGACUGUUUGGAUUCCCCGAAAGCAAGUGUAACACAACGGUUUUGGAUCAAGGAGAUAAAAGAGAUAUCUUUUCUUCCUCCGUUUCACGGUGUUUCGGCGCGCCGAUACAUUACAUGUUACAAUCUCCGUAAAAAAGUUCGAAAGUUCCAGAAAAAAAAUUUGCCAAUGGCGUCUUCAUCGGAUUCAUGGAUGAGAGAAUACAACGAGGCUUUAAAACUCGCUGAGGAUAUCAACGGAAUGAUCUCCGAAAGGAGUAAGUCUCCCUUAACAGGGCCUGAUGCUCAACGUCGUGCUUCAGCUAUACGUAGAAAGAUCACUAUUUUCGGAACACGUUUAGAUAGUCUUCAGUCUCUUCUCGCCAAAAUCCAUGGGAAGCCUAUUUCAGAGAAGGAGAUGAACAGGCGCAAGGAUAUGAUUGGGAAUUUGAGAUCGCAGGCGAAUCAGAUGGCGAGUACUUUGAACAUGUCGAACUUUGGUAAUAGAGAUAGCUUGCUUGGGUCUGAGAUAAAGGCGGAUGAUACCAUGAGCAGAGUUAGUGGCAUGGAUAAUCAAGGGAUUGUUGGGUUUCAACGACAAGUUAUGAGAGAACAAGAUGAAGGACUUGAGCAGCUUGAGGAAACAGUGAUGAGUACAAAACACAUUGCUUUAGCUGUCAAUGAAGAGCUUAGCUUGCAGACAAGGCUUAUUGAUGACUUAGACUACCAUGUGGAUGUUACUGACUCUCGCUUACGGAGAGUGCAAAAGAACCUUGCUGUCAUGAACAAGAAUAUGAGAAGUGGCUGUUCUUGCAUGUCAAUGCUUUUGUCAAUGCUCGGGAUCGUCGGUCUUGCUGUUGUAAUAUGGCUGCUGGUUAAGUACUUGUAAUCUCAACAUUAGAGAACUUAUAAGUUUCUAUCUAGUUCACUUACCGCCUCUGUGUGAAAUGGUCUCAGUGUACCUCAUGAUUCAACAUUUGUCCUCAUGAUUCAACAUUUGCGCUUGUCCUUUUCGUUCCUCUUAUGUUGUGAGAACCUUUAAUAAAUAUUAUAAUCAUGUGUGCAGUUUUCAC